GAACAAUAACAUUAAAGCGGUUGGUAAAAUAAAUGAGGGAAUUUUAUUGACCAGCUGUAGGAAAGUUCAAGACAACUAGAAACAAGACAUUGAAUUUAAUUGAAAAGACACUUUGAAACUCUACACUAAAAUGCUGAAACAAUAAAAUAUCAAUUCAAGAAAUUAGAUACAAUAGAGCUCAAGAAUAACUGAAUUGCCAGCUAGAAGAUACACUGACUUGAGCAUACUUCGAAUGGAAACACCAAAGUCUUGAUUCAAGAGAACCAUGCUUAGUUACCUUCCCUGGGACUGCUUAAUCCCCAACUGCAGCCUAGUUUCAACCCAAGAUAAAGUUCUGAUGGACGGAGGAAGGUUCAGCCUUCUGCUGAAUGUGGAGAUUUCGGCUGAAUUCUCCAAGUGGCAUUUUGUAGCCACAAAAGACUUCGCUAACUAAUUUCAAUUUGGGUGGUU